UUUACGGCAGUGUGGCUGGAGCGGCUGCCGAAGGGCCCCCGGACGAGAGCGUGAGUGGAGGGAACGAGAGUUGCCGGUGUCAGACGGGCCUGGAACCAUGGACGUGGGCGAACUUCUGAGCUACCAGCCCAACAGGGGCACCAAGCGACCCCGGGAUGAUGAAGAGGAGGAACUGAAGAUGCGCCGGAGACAGGCGGGCGCUCGAGAACGGGGCCGCUACCGGGAGGAGGAGGCCACGGUGGUGGAAGAAGCAGAUGACGACAAAAAGAGGCUCCUUCAGAUCAUCGACCGCGAGGGCGAGGAGGAAGAGGAAGAGGAGGAGCCGCUGGACGAGAGCUCGGUGAAGAAAAUGAUCCUCACAUUUGAGAAGCGCUCCUACAAGAACCAGGAGCUGCGGAUCAAGUUCCCAGACAACCCCGAGAAGUUUAUGGAAUCCGAGCUGGACCUCAAUGACAUCAUCCAGGAGAUGCACGUGGUGGCCACCAUGCCCGACCUGUACCACCUCCUGGUGGAGCUGAACGCCGUGCAGUCUCUUCUCGGCCUGCUGGGGCACGAUAACACAGAUGUGUCCAUCGCGGUGGUUGAUCUGCUCCAGGAGUUAACGGAUAUAGACACCCUGCAUGAGAGUGAGGAGGGGGCGGAAGUCCUCAUCGACUCUCUGGUGGAUGGACAGGUGGUGGCGCUGCUUGUGCAGAACCUGGAGCGCCUGGACGAGUCUGUGAAGGAAGAGGCCGACGGCGUCCACAACACUCUGGCUAUCGUGGAGAACAUGGCCGAGUUCCGGCCGGAGAUGUGCACUGAGGCCGCGCAGCAGGGCCUCCUGCAGUGGCUGCUGAAGAGGCUGAAGGCAAAGAUGCCUUUCGACGCCAACAAGCUGUACUGUAGUGAAGUGCUGGCCAUCCUGCUGCAGGACAACGAUGAAAACAGGGAAUUGCUCGGGGAGCUGGACGGAAUCGAUGUGCUUCUUCAGCAGUUAUCCGUGUUUAAAAGACAUAACCCUAGCACGGCUGAGGAGCAGGAGAUGAUGGAGAACCUCUUCGACUCCCUCUGUUCCUGCCUGAUGCUCAGCUCGAACCGUGAGCGCUUCCUGAAGGGCGAGGGGCUGCAGCUGAUGAACCUCAUGCUCAGAGAAAAGAAGAUUUCCCGGAGCAGCGCCCUCAAAGUCCUGGACCAUGCCAUGAUCGGCCCCGAGGGCACCGACAACUGCCAUAAGUUUGUGGAUAUUCUUGGCCUGCGAACCAUCUUCCCCCUCUUCAUGAAAUCCCCCCGGAAGAUCAAGAAGGUCGGCACGACGGAGAAGGAGCACGAAGAGCACGUCUGUUCCAUCCUGGCCUCCCUCCUGCGCAACCUGAGGGGGCAGCAGCGAACUCGGCUUCUGAAUAAAUUCACCGAGAACGACAGCGAGAAGGUCGACAGGCUGAUGGAGCUGCAUUUCAAAUACCUGGAUGCAAUGCAGGUGGCUGACAAGAAGAUCGAGGGGGAGAAACACGACAUGGUCCGGCGUGGAGAGAUCAUAGACAACGACACCGAAGACGAGUUCUACCUCCGGCGCCUGGACGCGGGGCUCUUUGUUCUCCAGCACAUCUGCUAUAUCAUGGCCGAGAUCUGCAAUGCCAACGUCCCACAGAUCCGCCAGCGGGUCCACCAGAUUCUGAACAUGCGAGGAAGCUCCAUCAAGAUCGUCAGGCACAUCAUCAAGGAGUACGCAGAGAACAUCGGGGACGGCCGGAGCCCGGAGUUCCGAGAGAAUGAGCAGAAGCGCAUCCUGGGCCUGUUGGAGAACUUCUAGGGCCCGCGGGGACACCGACACCCCCUCCCAGGGGAUUAAA